AUAUGGCCUGGCAUAGAGGCUGGUACCCCGCCUGGUAGAGAUGCCACACUCGCUCCGCGGCUCGCAUGGCGCUCUGAAGACGCCGGCGCCCGCCGCCUUGAGGAACCGCUGCCCCCGCUCCCUGAAGAUGGGGGAACAAUGAAAUAAGCGAGAAGAUUCCUCUUCUCCCCCCUCUCUCUCUUGCCCCCUCCCCCUCCCCUCCCCUCUCCCCUUGACUCCUCUCUGAGGCACCAUGCUGACCCGCCUGUUCAGCGAGCCCGGCCUCCUCUCGGACGUGCCCAAGUUCGCCAGCUGGGGCGACGGCGACGACGACGAGCCGAGAAGCGACAAGGGCGACGCGCCACCGCAGCCUCCGCCUGCUCCCGGGUCGGGGGCUCCAGGACCCGCCCGGGCCGCCAAGCCAGUGUCCCUUCGUGGAGAAGACGUCCCCGAAGCCACGUUGGCCGAGGUCAAGGAGGAAGGCGAGCUGGGUGGUGAGGAGGAGGAGGAAGAAGAAGAGGAGGAAGGGCUGGAUGAGGCUGAAGGCGAGCGGCCCAAGAAGCGCGGGCCGAAGAAACGCAAGAUGACCAAGGCGCGUCUGGAGCGCUCCAAGCUGCGGCGACAGAAGGCCAACGCGCGGGAGCGCAACCGCAUGCACGACCUGAACGCAGCGCUGGACAACCUGCGCAAGGUGGUACCCUGCUACUCCAAGACGCAGAAGCUGUCCAAGAUCGAGACGCUGCGCCUAGCCAAGAACUACAUCUGGGCUCUCUCGGAGAUCUUGCGCUCCGGAAAGCGACCGGAUCUGGUGUCCUACGUGCAGACUCUGUGCAAGGGGCUGUCGCAACCCACCACAAAUCUGGUGGCUGGCUGCCUGCAGCUCAACUCUCGUAACUUCCUCACAGAGCAGGGCGCGGACGGCGCCGGCCGCUUUCACGGCUCGGGUGGUCCGUUCGCUAUGCACCCGUACCCGUACCCGUGCUCUCGCCUGGCGGGCGCACAGUGUCAGGCGGCCGGCGGCCUGGGCGGAGGCGCGGCGCACGCCCUGCGGACCCACGGCUACUGCGCCGCCUACGAGACGCUGUACGCGGCGGCGGGUGGCGGCGGUGCCAGCCCGGACUACAACAGCUCCGAGUACGAGGGCCCGCUCAGUCCCCCGCUCUGUCUCAACGGCAACUUCUCACUCAAGCAGGACUCGUCUCCCGAUCACGAGAAGAGCUACCACUACUCUAUGCACUACUCGGCGCUGCCCGGCUCGCGGCCCGGAGGCCACGGGCUGGUCUUUGGCUCGUCGGCCGUGCGCGGGGGCGUCCACUCCGAGAAUCUCUUGUCUUACGAUAUGCACCUUCACCACGACCGGGGCCCCAUGUACGAGGAGCUCAACGCGUUUUUCCAUAACUGAGACCUCGCGCCGACCCCUUUCUUUUUCUUUGCCUUUGCCCGGCCCCUUAAUCCCAGCCCCGCGAGCUCGGGGGGCUCCCACCGACUCCAGCGCCAGGUGCGCGGGGCGUGGGUCGCCGGUUCUGCGCCUCUCUAGGGCUGGCGCGGUCUCUUACCUGUGGGUGGCCCGUCCCAGGGGCCUCGCUUCUCCCUGGGGACUCGCCUGCUCUCUCCCAACGGGCUUCCUCCCUUCUCCAGUGGAGUGCAUCUCUGGGGACCUCCCUCCCGGCUCUCCCUGGAGACUCCUUCUGCAUUCCCAAACUUGGGUUUUCUCUCUCCACCUCCCAGUAGGCCAGAAGGCUUUGGUAAGGGGCAGCUGAGUUUCGGGAUAGUGUCUCCGCUUAGGAAACUUUAAAAAAAGACACUGAGCUGCCCAGGCCGAAAGGAGUUGGUGUCUCUUCCUUCUCGAAGAGGGCAAAAGCCAGGGCGCUCAAACGCCUUCACCCCAACCCUAAUCUCCGCGUUUUUUAAUUUUUAUUUUAGUGGGAGGGGAUGUGGAUUGAGAGGAAAGAGAGAGGCCAAGCCAAUUUGUAACUAGAAUCAUGUUUCCUUUUCCCUUUUUAAAAAAAAAAAAACAAAUAAUACAAAAGAAAAAAAAAAAGCUAAGAGGCGACAAAGGCCGAACUCAGAGUCCGGAUCGGAGAGAAAACGCAGUAAGAACUUUUAGAAGCAAUAAAAGGCAAAAUAAUAAUAAUAUUAAUAAUAAAUACUACCAAUAAUAAUUUUUAAAGAGACACAAAUAUCUAUGCAAGAAGGUUCUGACUGAGCCUAGCAGCCCGGCCCGGGGUGCCCCCUGGGUCCGCUGGCUGCACCGCCCAAGCGCGGAUCAGUGCACUUUGGUGAAGUGGGGGCCCGCGCCGCCCCUCCCCCCCAGGUUCUUACAAUCAAUGACUCGGAGAUUUGGAGCCCCAGUGCCACUGCCCUCCCCCACCCUGUCCCGUUGUGCGUCAUACUGUUUUCUAAAAACCUGUUUCCAAAUUUGUAUGGAAUGGCAAACUGUUGGGGGUUCGGUUUGGGGAGGGAGGGUUUGCAUGAGAGACACACACGCACACCACACCAUACCGCACGCACACGCAGGCCCGACACGGGCGUCCGGGGACAGAAGGAAGUGAGUCUCCUGGCUCCUCCUCUCUACAGGCACUCCAGUCCCUCUUAGGUGAAGGUGGAGGAGCCCAGACCUGGGGGCAGCCCUACCCCUGCCCAGACUGUGCCUCUGUGGGCGCCAAGCUCCUGGUGACUUCUGGUGGCUGGAGAGGUUUUUUGUUUUGUUUUGUUUUGUUUUGUUUUGUUUUGUUAUUGUCGUUGUUGGGGGAAAUUUUUGUUGCUGUUGUUGCUUUUGUUUUUUGUUUUGUUCUGUGUUUUGGUUCUAGGCUCCUCCUGACUUUUGUCAUCCAGUGAGCUGGGAGAACUGAGGGCCCCUUUUGGAGAUUUCCGGCAAAAGAGGCAACAGGUGAACCUCUCCGCUCCAGAGGCAGGGAAUCAGGCACCCAAACACUCGAUGCAAAAAACGCAAACCCACAGGCGACACACCCCACACACACGCAAUUUUACCUUCCUCUUGUAGUGAAGAUGAAACUCCCGUCGGACACCCGAAGUGCAUUGCGUGUUUCUGUUGAGUUUAAUGACGAUUAAUAAAUAUUUAUGUAAAUGAGA